AUGAAGAUGACUGAUCAAGACCACAGGUGGAUGACGACCAUGAAGAUGACUGAUCAAGACCACAGGUGGAUGACGACCAUGAAGAUGACUGAUCAAGACCACAGGUGGAUGACUACCAUGAAGAUGACUGAUCAAGACCACAGGUGGAUGACGACCAUGGAGAUGACUGAUCAAGACCACAGGUGGAUGACGACCAUGAAGAUGACUGAUCAAGACCACAGGUGGAUGACGACCAAGAAGAUGACUGAUCAAGACCUCAGGUGGAUGACUACCAUGAAGAUGACUGAUCAAGACCACAGGUGGAUGACUACCAUGAAGAUGACUGAUCAAGACCACAGGUGGAUGACGACCAUGAAGAUGACUGAUCAAGACCACAGGUGGAUGACGACCAUGAAGAUGACUGAUCAAGACCACAGGUGGAUGACUACCAUGAAGAUGACUGAUCAAGACCACAGGUGGAUGACGACCAUGAAGAUGACUGAUCAAGACCACAGGUGGAUGACUACCAUGAAGAUGACUGAUCAAGACCACAGGUGGAGGGCGACCAUGGUGGAGACUUUUUAUGAUUAUAAGCCACAACCUUUGAUAACUAAAUAG